AUGGGCUCAAAGGACUCCGAGGCAGGAAAGCCUUCUGAGGAUCAGAGGUCCCAUGUCUUGGCUCUGGGCCGCCACGCGCGAAGUGGGGAGUGGCCCCUGGCUUUGGAGGUCUUGGAAGACUUGUGGGCGCAUGGCUGCACACCAAGCACCGUCACUUUCAGCGCGGCCAUUAGCGCCAUGGGGAAAGGGAGGCAGUGGAAAAUUGCACUGGGAGUCUUAUCAGCCAUGCAGGAGGCAGCGGCAGAGCCAAAUGUUUUCAGCUACAGCGCAGCAAUCAGCAGCUGUGAGAAGUGCGGAGAGUGGCUGCAGGCCUUGCAUCUGCUGGCAGAGAUGCAAGGAGACGAAGUGGAGCCGAAUGUUUAUAGUUUCAGUGCUGCCAUCAGCGCCUGCGCCGUCGAUGGUCAGUGGCAAAUGGCCUUCCUGGUCUUUUGGGGGAUGGUUUCAGCCGGAAUUCCGCCGAAUCUCAUCACCCUGAAUGCUGCCUUGACUUCCUGCGAGAAGGGGGCAGAAUGGCAGUUGGCCGUGUCUCUCCUCUCUCGCAUGCUUGGCUUUGGACUCACGCCUGAUGUUAUCAGCUUCAGUGCAGCUAUGAGUGCCUGUGCGAAAUGUGGUGAGUGGCAAGUCACGUUGAGCCUUCUGUCUGAUUCUGGUGCAGCAAAACUGGUGCCGGACACUAUCAUGAGUAACGCAGCUAUCACAGCUUGUGAAAAAGCCGGACGUUGGCAACUGGCUCUCCAUCAGCUCUCCACCAUGCCAUUGUCCAGCACCUCACCAAGCAACAUUAGCCUGAAUGCAGCAAUCAGUGCUUGUGAGAAGGGCAGUUGUUGGCAGGCGGCCCUUGCUAUACUUUUUCAGAUGUUCACCGCCCUGUCUCCGAACCAAAUCAGCUUCAACGCGUCCAUCAGUGCAUGUGAGAAGGGCGGCCAGUGGGAGAUGGCUGUCCAACUUCUCUCCGACCUUCUAUCGAGGGGCAUUGAGGCGAACGUCAUCUCCUACAACGCAGCCAUCAGCGCAUGUGAGAAGGCACUCCAGUGGAAGCUUGGACUGGAGCUCCUUUCUGCCAUGGUGGCGUGCGAUGUGACUCCCAAUGUCAUUUCUUUCAGCGCCGCCAUCAGCGCCUGCGAGAAGGCCAAACAGUGGGAGGCCGCUCUGGCGCUGCUUCUAGGCAUCGCCGUCUUAGAGAUUGCACCGAGUGUGAUCAGCAUCAAUGCUGCCAUUUCUGCAUGUGUACAAGCUCUGCAGUGGCAGACGGCAUUGCACCUCUUCGCCAACAUUGUCGAGGUUGGCCCCAGCCCCACCACCGUAAGCUUCAACGCGGCCUUGGCAGCCUGUGCCGGAGCCGUGCAGUGGCAAGGGGCCAUGUACCUCCUCGCACAGAUGCCUGCGCUGAAGGUGGCUCCGGAUGCCUUCAGCCUCGACGAAGGCCUCCGGAGCCUCGAGGGUUCCGGGACAUGGCAGUUGGUGCCGGAACUAUUGAGCAGCGCUCCACUGCUGUGCCAUUCUUUGAAGAGCAGCUGA